CUCUGCUUCCCUUCGCACCCUCCUGAGUCCAGGCGGUGAGCCCGCCGAGCCCCGCAAGCCGCCGGGGUCGUCGGGUCAGUGCGCAAGGCAUCGUCGUAAGGCCGCCUGGCGCCCGCGAAGAGGACCGAACAGCUCUGUGACGCCGCAGCCAGAACAUCUCCUUCUCACGCCAAGUCCCAGCGGUCAGCGGAGCCCCGCACCCAGGGCUCGCCCGGGAGAGCCGGCUAGCCCCGCCCACUUCCGGAAGAAGAGUCACUUCCGCCCAAACCGCGCUGAGGCCACGCCCCCGCGGCGGGCUCCCGACACCCGGCAGCUCGGCAUUGUUGCGUCCGCUCCCUGAACCUGGGAGCAGUCCGCUUGGCGGACUCUCAGCUUCCCGCGGGUCUCCGGGAAGAUGACGGUUUCCUGCGCGCCGUAUGUCGCCCGUUGCUUUCACCCCGAGAAGCGCUUUUCUUGGCGCCUGGUCGGGGUCCUUCUGGUGGCCCCAGUGCUCCUGCUCUCUCUGAACUCCGAUGCCUGUGGUAAGCCACCAAAAUAUGAAUAUAUGUUCCUCAGGAGUCCUCUUAAAAAUUAUUAUGAAGUUGGGGAAGCUAUAUGGUAUCAGUGUAUCCCAGGAUACAUAGCUCUGAGCUCUGUCGUGACUUUCUGUGAGCAAAAUCACUCAUGGUAUCCUAUUGAAGAAGCUUGUUACAAGAAAGAAUGUACAACUCCAAGACUUGAAAAUGGCGAAGUGUAUGCCCCAAAUUAUUCCUUUGAAUUUGAAAAUGCAGCUUACUUUUAUUGUAAUGAGGGUUAUUACUUAUCUGGAAAACAAGCUAUAAUUUGUCACCGUCAUGGAGAUGAUGUGUAUUGGGGUGAUGAAUUUCCAACAUGUCAUAAGAUUUACUGUAAUCCACCUAAAAAAAUAAAAAAUGGAAAAUACAGCAAUAGUCACAGAACUCUAUUUGAAUAUAAUGAAUUAAUUACUUUUACUUGUAAUCCUUCAAAUGGACCAGAUGAAUUUUCACUUGUUGGAGACAGCAAACUUAUUUGUAUUGACCAUAACAAGUGGAGUAAUAGCCCUCCUCAGUGUAAAGUGGUCAAAUGUGAAUAUCCAGUAGUUGAACAUGGAAGAAUGGUAUCAGGAAUCAAAAACAAAUAUUCCUACCAAGAUACAGUUCUAUUUGAAUGCUUCCCAGGCUUCUAUCUGAAUGGCAGCAACCCAGUGUUCUGUGGUGGGAGUAGUACUUGGGAGCCUGAGACGCCAAAAUGUAUCAGAGGUUUCAAACCUACUUAUGCAACCAAUCCUCCAGUUUCAAAGUACCCAGGCUAUCCGGAGCCCAGUGACCGACUAACACUUGAAGACUUUGAGGAAUUAGAUGCAGGCAUCAUCACUGUGAUUGUUCUUACUCUUCUUGUUGGCCUUGCCGUACUUUGCACCUGCCUGUAUAGAUGUUUUCAAAGGGGAAAGAAAGGGGUUUCAGUAAAACUGAUGGGAUUAAACUUAACAUUACUGAGGGGUAGCUUGGGAAAUACCUCUAACAUGAAACCUAAUCAUUCUAGGGAUGCCUGGGUGCCUCAGUCAUUGUUUGCCUUCAGCUCAGGUCAUGAUCUCAGACUCUCUGCUCAGCAGUGAGUCCGCUUCUCCUUCUCCCUCUGCCUGCUGAUGACCCUGCUUGUGUUCUCUCCCUCUCUCUCUCUGACAAAUUAAGUAAAUAAAAUCUAAAAAAAAAAAAAAAAACCACUAAUAAUUUUAAGGCUCUUGGUAUUCAUGGUUUUAUGAUAUAAUUUGCCUUUUUUAUUAAUCGUCUGGUUUAGGCUAUAUAAAAAAAAAACAAAACAGAUUCUUUAGGGGCACCUGGAUGGCUCAGUGGGCUAAAUCCUCUGCCUUCGGCUCAGUCGUGAUCCCAGGGUCCUGGGAUGGAGCCCCACAUUGGGCUCUCUGCUCAGCAGGGAGCCUGCUUCCCUUCCUCUCUCUGCCUGCCUCUCUGCCUGCUUGUGAUCUCUGUCCGUCUGUCAAAUAAAUAAAUAAAAUCUUUAAAAAAAAGUAUAUUCUUUACACAUAAAGGACUCAAACUUUUUUAUAUUAUUGGUUAUUAUUUUUAAACCAUAGUGCAUUUGUUUGAAUCUUCAAUCUUAUAUUUUUAGAACACAUGAUAUGCAUAUUGGAUUUCUCAAUCAGUAGUAUAUUUUUUAGUACAUAUACACCAUAGCAUGAGAAGGAAAUGGUGGAAUAAUUUUACAAGUCCAAAGGUUUUGUCUAGAAAUAACUUCUCGAGAAAGCAAAACAAAAUAGCCUUCUGCUUCUUACUUUCCUUUUUUGCUUAAAUUCUCUGUGUCAAAAUACUUACUGGGUCCUUAGCAAGUAUUACUUAAACUCUCUGUAGUUGCCAGUUAAUGGGUCUUGUAACCUGAGCCUCUGGUUUAAGAUGGCAUCAUAAGAGGAUCCUGAACUCACCUUUUCUCAAACACAUAGAAUCUAUAGCUACGUACAGAACAAUUCCCUCUGGAAGAAAUCUGAAAACUAACUUGAUGAACUCCUACACAUUUGGUGGAUAAAAAACCCACAUCAAGGGGCACCUGACUGGCUCAAUCGGUGGGGCCUCUGACUCUUGAUCUUGGGUUUGUGAAUUCAGGCCCCACAUGAGGCAUGGAGCCUACUUUUAAAAAACACAAAAUUGUACAUCAAAAUGGGUAGGAGAGACUGAGAUAGUAUCUCACCAUAAAAUCCUCCCCAAACGUCGUAACAGUCAGGCGGAAACUCAAUUCUGAGCUUCGUGGGAAGAAAAAUGUUUGAACCCCACAUCUGGCACCCCAUCUUUUAAGACCUACACCUGACAGAUGGGUCUGCAAACACAUCUAGCUUUGAAAGCCAAUGGGGCUUAUGUCUAUAAGGUUAUAGCGAAUCAAGAAACAGUUCCUGAAGUGCCCAUGUGGAUAACCCCCCAGGGUCCAGUGGAGAGGCAGCUGACUGAAAUGCCUGGUCUUUCUGUGGAAGAGAUCUGUUUGCUUCUCUUAAAAGCUUUAGGCUGAAGGGCAGGUAUCUAAUGUCACCCUCACCUAACCCAGCUGAAAUACUCUUAAAAGCCCGUGGAGGCUGGAGGGCCCCAUCUUCCUGCUGUCAUUCUGCCUGCUCUCAGCUGCUGGUAUCUUUCAGAAGGGAGCUUGUGCACACAUCCGGGGCUUUGGCGUUUAUAGCUGCCACCCAGGGAACACCGCUUGAUUGCCUGGCACUCGUGACCAGGGAGGCUGACAUUGCAGGUCCCGCAGGCCAUAACAGAGAAGGACCUGUUAACAGGCCACACCCCAGGACACAGCACAGAGGCAGCCAACUGAAAUGUGCCACCAGUCUUUCUGGAAGGAGGCCUAUUAGCGUAGCCACAUCUCUGAGGCCUGAGGGACAGGCUUCUCUUUAAAAAAUGGCUGACUGCGGUCCUCUCCAGACACCUCGCUGUCUUCCUCUGUCCCUCUGCUGGACUCCAUAUUGCCAGCAGCUCCAGGAAAGAAGCUCAUGCAGCUAUCAAGUGGCCCGUGGGGCUUAUAUCUGCAGGUCACACAGGACUGUAACAAACUGACCGUUGUUAACCGGCUGCCCAGUCCAGGACACAGCACAGAGGUGGCGACUGAAGUCAUCCCAGUCUUUCUGUGACAGGCCUUUUAGCUUAUCUGCAUAGCUGUGGCCUAAGGAACAGGCUUCUAAUGAGACACAUGUUUGUGAGCCCAAGACAGUCCUCUCCAGAGACUGGCAGACUGACAGGCAUCUUCAAACUCUCCUUCUGCCCAGCCCCAGGUUGUACAUGUCUCUGGGAAAGGAGCUUGUGUAUAUGGCUGACGCCGCAGCUUUUGUGGCUGUUACCCAUAGGACAUAUCCCUUGAUAACCGGCCCUGGUGGUCAACAGGACAGUAACAAAUAAAGCAAUGGCUCUUAACUAUCGCCAUAGGGCCCCAUACAGAGGGAGCACCCCAAAGUGUCCAGUGCCCAGCAUUCCCCUGAAGGAGGUUUAUUUGCAUGCUUUCUAAGCUGCCACCCGAGGGACUGGCUUCCAAUCAGCCUAGGUGCUGACUGGGGUCUUCCUCUCUUGGACACUGACAAGUCUUGACAAUACCCUCAACUCCUGAGAGCCACUGAGAACAAAGUCAGCAGCUUGGACAAUCGCAAAGGUUUGAGAGACAACCAAGAACUAGGGCUUGGUUGAACAGUAAGUUAUAUCCCUACACCAGGGUGCUGCUUUAGGACUGGGAGAGCUGUUUCCUUGAACACCUAGAAACCAACAAGGUCAAGAAACAUAAGAAACAAAGGAACAUGUUCCAAAUGAAAGAACAAGAUAAAGCCUGGGGAAAAGAUCAUAGUGAAAUGGAAUUAGUGAUUUACAUGUUCAUCAAUAGAUAAGUGGAUAAUGAACCAGUGGUACAUAUACAAUGGGAUAUUAUUCAGCCAUAAAAAAAGGAGGAAAUCUUGUUGUUUGUGACAACAUGGAUGGACGUCGAGGGCAUUUGGCUAAAUGCAGUAAGACAGAGAACACAAAUAGCAUAUGAUCUCACUUAUAUGUGGUCUCUUGAAAAGACAAAAACUCAACUCUUAGAUGCAGGGAGCAGAUUACUGGGUGCCGAGGAGGGUGGCAGGGGUGAGUGAGAUGGGUGAAGGAGGUCAAAAAGGUACAAACUUCCAGUUACAAAUAAGUCACAGAAUGUAAAGCACAGCAUGGUAAUAUGGUUAAUAAUACUGUAUUGCAUAUUUGAAGGUUGCUAAGAGUAGACCUUAAAAGUUUUCAUAGUAAGAAAAGAAUUAUAUCUGUAUGGUGAUGAAUGCUAACUAGAUUUAUUCGUGGCGAUAAUUUUGCAAAUGUACAAAUCUUAUUUAAGUAUAUUGUAUACCCGAAACUGAUGUGUUAUAUGUAAAUUACACCUCACUUUAAAAAAAAAAAAUGGACAAUGUGAAUAUACAUUCUUCUAAAGAAGACAUAGAAAUUGCCAACAGAUGUAUGAAAAGGUGUUCAAAAUCACUAAACAUCAGGGAAAUGCAAAUCAAAACCACCAAGAGAGAUUAUCUCACAACUGUUAGAAUGGCUACUUCAAAAAGAUAUGACAGUAGAAAGGUGAGCCCUUGUACACUAUUGGUGGGAAUGUAAAUUAGUGUACCAUAUGGAAAAUAGUAUGGAGGUUCCUGAAAAAAGUAAAAAUAGAAAUAACUUACCCAUCAAUUCCAUUUGUGGGUAUUUAUCUAAAGGAGAUGAUAUCACUGUUUUGAAAAUACACUUGCACACCAGUGUUCAUUGCAGCAUUAUUUACAAUAAGACGUGAAAACAACCUAAAUAUUCGUCAGUGAAUAAAUGGAUAAAGAAAAUAUUGUACAUAUAUAUAUACCAUAAAAUGAAAAUAUAUUGUCUGUGUAUAUACUAUAUACAUACAUAUAUUAUAGAAUGUGGUACAUUUAAGUGUAUAAUGAAUAUUAUACAUAAUUGUAUAGCCCAUUAUAUAGAUUCCAUCAUCUGAUGAUAUGUUAUUCAGCCAUAAAAAAGGAAAUCCUGCCAUUCGUGACAACACAGAUGGACCUUCGAGCAUUAUGCCAGGUUAAAUAAAGCAGAGAAGGACAAAUACUUUAUGAUAUCACUUAUAUGUGGAAGCUUAAAAAAAUGAACUCAGAUACAGAGAAAAGUUUGGUGGGUGCCAGAGAUGGAGCGGAGUCGAGGAGGAUGGGGAGAAGGGGUGUUAGUUGAGCUGAGUGAAGGUGGUCAAAAGGUUUGCAGUUUGUAGGACGUACUACAUCGCUGAGGACAUAAUUGACAGAAUGGUGACUAUAGUUAAUAAUACCAUAUGACAUAUUUGAAAGAUGCUAAGGGAGUAUAUCUUUAAAGUGUCUGUCACACAUCCAUGAUAUAUUUGUAACUGUGUUGUGAAUGAUAACUAAACUUAUUGUGAUUAUUUUGCAAUAUGUAUAUUUCUCAAAUUAUUAUGUGUUCAUCUAAAGCUAAAACAAUGAUCUAUGUAAAUUAUCUUUCAAUUUUUUAAAAAGGCCAUACUUGACUGCUUACCAUCCAAAUUUUCUUUGUAAACAGAAUAUUGCAAUAAUAAAAUUUUUAAAUAUUUUCAGAAAAUAUAUCUUUAACUGGUGCAAUGUGAUUAAUCCUAUAUAUGGUAGCAUAAUUUGGAGGGAAAAGAGUUUUUUAAAAAAGAGUGUGGGAAGAAAAAUUCAUAAAUGCCUAAUGAGCUAAUUUAUGAAGAAUAUUUUAGGAUACGUUACCCUUUUCAUGACAGGAACAUACUCCAUUAGAAAAUCAGUAUUCUAGAACAGCUUUAUCAAUUUUAGAUUCUCCAAAUUAUUUCAUGUCAGGACAUUGAACUAUUUUACCAAACUCUCUAGGUUCUAUGUUGUUUCAAAACUCAAGUCUCUCUCAUGUGGGUUGAUAUUACACCUUUCUCCUUUACAAUCUAGAACAAUGCUUCUCUAACGUUCACGUGCACAUUAAUCACCUGGGGUCUUGCUAAAAUGCAGACUUUGAGUCAUAGGUCUGGUGCCGAGACAGAUAUCCUGUCUAUCAUGAGCACCCAGCGAUGCUGCCGCUGGCCUGGGUUGCACUCUGAGUCACCAGAGGGGGUGACUUGAUGGAGACGCUCACGUUCCUGAAACCUGAAGAAAAUACCGUCAAGCUCAGCAAAGUUUUUCUCCUAUUUAAGAUAAUUGGACUUUUUAAAGAUUCCUAUGAGAGAGAGAUUCUUUGAAAGAGUGUGGGCUACUAUUUAUAUUUACGUUGCUGUUGUUUAAAAAAGUAAAGAUUUGAAUUAUAUUCUUUGUAGUCCCUAAUGCCCAUCACCUUUCUCCCUGAAAUUGAGCAUUGUUGCCUGAGAAACUUGCUUACGAGACUAUAAAGUGUAAGCAGGCACUGCUCUGUUUCUAGGGGUAACUCCGGAAGCAGGGCACGAGGCACAGACCGUCCCAGACGGCUGCUGGAACUUGGUAUAAAAUGGACUUUGGUGGAAACUUGCACUUGUGAUGACUUGGGAACAGGUCACCCUUCUGCAGCCUCCAUCCCAAAGCACAAACAUUGUGGAAGUCCUCAUGUUUCAGGUCAUGAAUGUGGCCCCACACAGACAGGUUCUGCUGUGGUCGUCUAUUCUUAGUCUCAGCUAGGAAUAGAAUGGGAUCCCCAGGGCAUGUGAAAUGGGCCCUUUUCCUUCAGUUUGCUUCUAGAACUCACUUGCCGCCAGACUUUCUCAUCCGGGAGUCCGCACCCCUUGCCAAGUGCUUUGCUACUGCUUGAGUCCUGUCUGGCUUCUCAUGACUGUGUGGCUCUGGAAAACAGAUGCAUUUGCCUGGCAUUAAUGUGUUCACAUGUGGGUGGUGAUUUUUGUUUCAUAAAUGUAUGAUUUUCUGUACUCUGGUGACAUCAUCCCGGGAGAAGCCAGAGUUUGCUGAAGUCCAUUAGAAUCAUUUACAUACUUUAUGUAUUUUUUUACCGGUGAUGAAGCAGUUUUCCCAUUUUUUUUUUUUUUUUCUGUUAAGGGUAUUUAUUAUUUGGUUUAACUCAAACCGAUUUUUACAAUAAUGACUGAACCAGUCACUGUAAUUUUUAAGCUGUCAGUACUUCGGUGAAGGUUAUAGAGGUCUGGGAUGUCCUCCAUCGAGUGGCCAGAUCGGGCUGUGGGAAGAGGGGUGACAAGGGGCAAAAAACGGAAGGAUCACAUCAACUUGAACCUUUUUCUAUGUGGCUCUCAAAUUCUUGAGCUCUCAACAAACUUCAGACAAUUUUAAACAGUUAAUAGAUAAGAAAGGAUUUUGUAGUUAGUCGAGAAAGCAAACUUUAGAUCUAUCCUAGGAAAAUGGGGUUUCAGGUAAUCAGUUUUACGGAGGUCUUCCCUGUGGGGGAAGCAGAUGUGCCUCAGGGAGAAACUGCUCGAUGUGGAAGUCAAGAUGCAUCUGAAGAUGUCUGCUUGUCAUAAAACUGACUUCUCAGACAGUGUUCCAUGGAUCUCAUAUGUGCUCUGCAUGUUCCCUCUGAAUCUGAUGUGUGAGAGGCUAGGACCCUUUGUCCUCACAGAGAGUUUACACGAUUUGCAUCAGGCUAAACGGUUUUGGGGGUAAACAGAUUGCACAGAAAUUUAAAAUGAGUUCAAGUGCAGGGAAGAAAAAUGUCCUUUUUCAGAAGCCAAAAUACAUUUUAUUUAAUUUUAUAAAUGUAUUUGACUUCAAUUCAUAAAUAUUAGCUCUGGAAAUGCAUUUAUUUGUUUUCCUUUACCAGAUAUUUUUAGCAUAUGAAAGAGACCAACAAAAAAGUUUAGAUUUUGAAAAAUUUUGAAUUGCAUUGCCUUAGACCUUUUGAGCCUCACUGCCCUCUGUCCUGAUGAAAGGAACUGGAAGCGUCCUCUGUGCCAAAAUGUGUGUCUCCACGGCCGGGAAGAGAGAGAGACGUUAUCCCAUCACUUAUAUUGUGAGGUGCUACCCCACCUUACAGUCAGGAGUCUGGGAGCAGACUCUACAGAGGCCAAUAGGAAAGGCAGUUUCUCGGCAAAAGCAGAGUGCUGUCUGGGGUCAGACGAGCACAGGGGAAGACCCACCAUACCAACCGGAAGUGGCAGGACGCGCCUCCCCAGUCCUGUGCACCUUGGUCUCUCAGAAUUCCUUUGAGGCUAAGGCCAACCAGGAAGGUAGAUUUCAGUCUGUUGUGAGUUUCAGGGUGUCUGCAAACAUUUGAAGGUCAUAUAAUGGAGGCUGAAGGUCAUAUAAGACAUCUGUGAUCAAUAAUCCAAGGUUAGAUGUUACCAUCUUUAAACUGCUUCAUCGUUCUACCAAAUAAGUGUCACCUUAAAAUUUAGCUGAGUCCUUUUUAUCUUUCUCUCUCGGACUCUAGUUAAAAUUCUGUGUGAAGAAAAGGAUUCCACCACCACACAAACAAAAGGAAACACAUGAUUUCCUUGGCGGUGAGGGCUAAAUGGGGCAUUAUUGGGCUCGAAGGCUGGUGGAAUUGUUACCGAAAGUUUCAUCUCAGGGCCAGAUUUAAGAUUAUGCUUUUAGGUCCUACAUGUGUUUCUCUCCAGUCUUCGCAGUUAGCCCUCAUUUUAAUUUAAAUGACGAAAUCUUUACUAAGUGCUUUGUAUCAUACUACUCUAUUUCUUGCUUUGGAGAGACUCAGAAAUGAGAGACAAGGAUAUGACAGUUUCUAUACUGAGACUAGUUGAAAUUUUGCUACUAGAAAUACAUGUUUUUAAUUGUCUGUUCUCUCAGUGGGCCUCUGGAUUUAAUUUCUGUACUUCACUGAUGUUUUCUGGGUAAAUUGCCUUGUAGGAAACAAGAGGUUGAAGGUGAAUAUACCACUUAGCAAAGUAAAUCAACCACUGAGGCAGAGCAGAUGCACUAAAUUGUUUCCACAAGCUUCAGUUUAUCUUUUGAUCCUGUUAAAAUCUCAAGUUCCUUCAAAGUUAUUCUGUAGUUAUCAUGCUUUCGUGAAUGUAGCCACUAAGCCAUAAGGCUGAAUGUAGUCACCAUCUUUUGAUGAUGCUUAGAACGGGGGAUGAACUUCAGUAUGGACAUCAGGCCUAUUUUCCCUUAAAUAACACUUGAAGUUCUAGGACAACUCAACAAGGUAACCCUGGUAGUAUUUAGGUGGGGAAAUCAUUUUUAAAAUAAAUCUCCAUAUUUAGAGAACUAUAGUUCAAAAUGAAAUACAUUUCAUUUGUAAAGAAAGUGAUUUUGAAAUCCUUUUUGUUCAAAGAUUAAUGCCAAGUCUUAAGAUUCAUUCUUCCAGGAACUCUAUGUGUUUUAUAUAUUGUUUAGUGUUAAAUGCCUUUACUAAUAUGUGUAUGGUACUUCAGCCCAUAAACAUUAAAAACAGGAACACUGCAUAUUGGGAAUUUGAACAAGUCUGACUUCCUUAACUAAGAAUAUUAGUGGAAAAUGUUCUAAAUAAGGUUUUUAUUCAAUUAGCCAACAUAUAGUACAUGAUUAGUUUUUGAUGUAGUGUUCAUUAGUUGUAUGUAAAACCCAGUGCUUAGCACCUCAUGUGCCCUCCUUAAUGCCCAUCACUCGGUUACACCAUCCCCCCAAACCCUCUCCCCUCUGGAACCCUCAGUUUGGUUCCCAGAGUCGAGAGUCUUUCAUGGUUUGUCUCCCUCUCUGAUUUCUUCCCAUUCAAUCUUUCCUUUCUUCCCCUGUGGUCCUCUGCUCUCUCUAUAUUUUUUUUUUAAUUUCCUGGUGAUUUAAGGAAGUGUACAGAUCUGUGCUUCACUUUUUAAAGCAUCAGCAAGCUGUCUGAGACAUGCAUGAGGCAUCAGAUCUGUUGCAAACUCCUGUACAAUGUCAGGGAGCUCGCAAGAACGCCAGCCGGUGCCAGAGGGAACACUUGCAGUUUUCUCUAAGAGGAUUCCACUCUAAAUUCCGGCAGGGGGCCCUCUUCUCCCGGUACUUGAAUGCAGAGAGGUCUUACUUUAGACAAGGCUGUGUAAAAGGGGUGAGGUUUGCAGGAACGUGGCCAUCGGAGAAGCUCAGGUUCUCUCAGAAUCUGAGUGUUCAGGCGCAUCUCACCUUCUGUGCUAAAAGCAGAGUAAAGACUAAGGCACGCGUUUCAGAGGAGGAGACUGCCUGCCGUUGGCCGUGCAGAGGGACAGAAAGAGCCAGCAGCUGAGGAAGUAGCGGAUGCUUGGUUGGGACAGACUGUGGCCCCUGUGUCCUCACCCCAGGCAGGGUCUCCUUAAGAGAAGCCCAGAGGGGCAGAGGAGGGACGGCCACUCGAACUCACAUGACACUUGUAUGAGUUUCAUCUUGCACUUGGAUGGUUAGUAGGGCCCGUUCGGCAAAGAAGCGUUGCCUGGAGAAAGAUAAGGUUGGGAAAACAGCGCGGAGCAGCUAAGUCCUGUCUGCAGAUGAAGGAUGUCUGUGGUGCACUGUCCGUGUUCCUUCCCUCUGGGAUCCGCCAGACGGAGCAGAAAGAAACGGGAAUUCUGAAAUCAGUGCGGAGGGGAAGCCGGACCCUCCCCAGCAGUACCCUGCCCAUUGCCGCCUACUCUUGGGGGGGGGGGUAGCACUGCCUCAAAGCAAGGGAUGGCUGGGCCCUUUAUUUGUAACGGGCCGAACUGAAUCUUUUCAACCAAAGAUUGUUAUGCUUUCAAAAAUAAAUAGACUUGUACAGUAGUUUCUGCUUCAGAUUUAAUUUUCAUUUUAGUAGAUUUAUAUGGAAAUUGUUAUAUAUGUGUAAAAAUAAAUUACGCUCUUUGUCAGGCAACUUGUCAAUCACCUAACAUAAGGGGAAAACAGAAAGUUUCUGUAAUGACAUAAAAACGUGUAUGUAAAUUUACAAGUUUGCUGAAACUGUAAGAAUGUAUUUGCAGUGAAAUGAGACGUCCCAUGUGUCGGAUCUUUAUUGCUCAUUGUUUUGAAAUCUGGAUCUUCAAAUGCUGCAAAAAAUAAAGUGUAGAUUGGAGACUU